AGGUUUUAUUUAUAUACUUGUAGACGUUGUAGUCCAUUCUUAUUCUCUUUCCCCCUUUUCUCCAUAUCAAAACCCUAAAAUCUUCUGAACCCACACAAAUUUCAAUCGGAGUUUCGAUUUUCCGGCUAAAUGGCUUCCAAAUUCAAGGCGGAUGGUCCUCACGGCGAUGGCGCUAGCCCUGGGAAGAUAUUCAUUGGCGGGCUUCCCAAAGAUACUACUAACACUACAUUUAUCAAGCACUUUGGGAAGUAUGGUGAGAUAACGGACUCGGUUAUUAUGAAAGACCGUUACAGUGGGCAGCCAAGGGGUUUUGGAUUCAUCACUUAUGCUGAUCCCUCGGUUGUUGACAAAGUUAUUGAGGAUACUCAAAUCAUUAAUGGGAAACAGGUUGAGAUUAAGCGUACUAUACCAAAAGGUGCUUCUCAGUCAAAGGAUUUCAAGACAAAAAAGAUUUUUGUUGGAGGCAUUCCUUCGAGCGUCUCAGAAGAUGAAUUCAGAAACUUUUUCUCCGAGUACGGGGCGGUGACUGAACACCAAAUUAUACGAGACCAUGAGACUAAUCGUUCUCGCGGGUUUGGAUUCAUUGUAUUUGACAAUGAAGACGUGGUUGAUGAAAUACUCUCCAAGGGAAAUAUGAUUGACAUGGAGGGUACUCAGGUGGAGAUCAAGAAGGCCGAACCAAAGAAACCCACAAACCAUCCUGUAGCUCCUACUUAUGGUAGCAACACUAGGAACCGUUCUUAUGGGGAUGGUUAUGCUGGUUAUGGAGCCUCUUAUGGGGCUUUUGAUGGUGGGUAUGGUGCAGGUAAUAACUAUAGGAUGUCUGGAGGUGUUGCUGGUAGGCUUGGGUAUGGAGGCUAUGGUAGUGGAGGGGAAUAUGGUAGAGGAUAUGGUUCUUUUGGCGGUGGUAGUUUAGGGGCUUAUGGGGGAGAGUCAUCCCUUGGGUACUCUAGCAGAUUUGGUCCCUAUGGUGCAGGAUUUAGUGGUGCUUACUCUGGUGGCAGCUUAAGUGGAUAUGGUGGAAGUGAAGGUUAUGGUAGCUAUGGAGCUUCAGGCUAUGGCGGCAGUUAUGAUUCCGGCGCUAGUGCUGGUUAUGGUGGAGCUAGUGGGUUCUAUGGUAAGGGAGGCUAUAGUGGAAGUAGUCGGUAUCAUCCUUAUUCACGGUAGAAAAUCAGUGUUCUUAAGUUCGAGAUAGGAGCUGUCCUUCCUAUUAUGUCUGGCCUGAUAGGUACUACCCCGACGAGAAUUAGAGAUGCUUCCUCAAGUGCUUAAGGCAUUAGAAGAUCUGCUUUUAUUGACGUCUUUAUUAUUGUGGUUUAGACAACUAUGUAGUAUGAUUUGAAGAAUUUGGUGUUAACCUUGUUCUAGUAUCAGUAUCUUAUGUGGAUUUUUGAUGCUAGAUGAAGUUUAUCUUAAUUUAGAUAGAUAUUGGUGAAAUUAUUUUGUUACAUAGCUUUUGAAUGCAAUCCUUGAUUGGAAUGAGCUAGAGGGGCUUAAGUAUUUGCCAAUGGGUAUCUGCCAGUGUUUUCUACUGUCACCUGAUUUUUUUUAUAGAGGUUAUAUUUUCAUUAUUAUUGUUUUCGUUUUGGACAUGUGCAUCUUCUGGUAAAUCCUUUGUAAUACUAGUAUUAUUGAUUUAUUGUCAGAUUUAAUGUGCAGCUUCCUUGUU